AUGGCGGUGUCGUCGAAGAUAGAAGCCAAGACGCCGCAAGUGUCAGACACCAAUAUACAGCCAUUCCUCCAGCCAGACUUCGAUCCUGCCGAAUACCUCAAUGCCGCCCUGCCUACACUUUCUACAACCUCGGGGAAAAGUGCACCAUCACUCCCAUUACCCGAGCUAUCAUCGCAACUACAGACACUGCUGAAUCAGCUGAACGCGCAGACAACACGUCUAUCGCAAAGUCUUACACAGUUGACGGAUGACAUCAUCCGCAGUGGCAGUAGAUUGGCAUAUGAAGUGGAAGUGCUCAAAGGCGAGACAGUGAGCCUUGCGGACACCUUCCAGAAUGGGCUGAGGAAAGACAUUGAGCAAUUUGUGCCGCCAAGUACGAAUCAGUCAGAAGAGGAAGGCUCGGGCGCUGAAGCAGAAGAAAAUGUCAAAGCCAAGGAGAAGUCUCAAGAACCAGAGUUCCUCGUGCGCCUUCGCACCUUGACCACAGUACGAGAGCGCCUAGAUACCGUCAUCAAGACCUUUGGCUCUGCCAUGCAGUGGCCACUAGCCCCUUCCGAGCUCUCACUCGCUUCGUCACUCAUCUCAGUCUCAGCACCGGAAAGCAACGAUGACAGCCGAAGUCGCGAAGAAAAAGGCAAAGAGUACACAGAGAAGCUUCGUACCGAGAUCAGCGACUUACUGGCCACUGGCGCAGAAGGCGUGGAAACUGCCAAUGCGCGUGUCUCGGACCUUCGAGCACUGGCAGACGUGUGGAAAGGAACGGCAGAGGAGAAAGCGCGGCUGAAGCUGGUGGACUCUUUGCAAAAGCUCGUGGAUGACAGACAGAAGACACUAGGCAGAUCUGAUACGACGGCACACAAGCCUGGAAUAUCGCCAGCGCGCGCCAUGGACUACAGAUACGGUGCUGCGGAUCCAACUCGAAUACCGGAAGGAGGAAGCGGCUAUGGAUUUUUGCAGAAUCUACGGAAUCUGAAGAAUGAAGUCUACCUUGAUGGCUGA